AUGUCCGACCCAGACCCUGCUCCCAACGACGAGCCACCUGUUGGCGAGCAGAAGGCAGCAGUCGAGGAGCCGCCGACAAGCCACUAUCCGGUACUUUUGCCUGAUGAAAUUCACACGGAGAUUCAUCCGCUGACCUUGCCAAUUCUCCCCAUCAGAGUAAGAUUCAAUGAGGCGGCACGCCAGAAACGCCUUGAAAUUGUUGCAGAGCGACACUGAUCUCAUCACAAACCCGGUAUUCGGUGAAGAAAUGACGUUGGAGAACCAUCCGCUGAUAUAUUCGGAGCCGGAGUUCUCAACUGCUCGUUUUCUCACACCUGUGCCAAGUGUUCACGCAGUUGCAACAGGAGCUGCGAGUGUUGCUCCGAGUGAGGCGUCAGUCACUGUCGAAGCUGGCAGAAAAGCGCCAGGGUUCGUAGAAAUAUGGUUAUUAUUCGUUAAUUUUUUGUUGCAGGACUGCAAGAUUGAAAAGUGAGAUGGAGAUUCGAAAUCAGCACUACCAGAAACAAAAACAGUACGCAUCGACCAAAGAACCAAAAGCAAAACGUCUUACUGGUAUUGACUUUGAAGGUACAUAGCUGUAAAAUUUAGUGUCAAACUUUUGGUGUUUUCUCAGGAAUCCUUCACCUAAUCGGUGGAUGUUCAUACUGGCAAAUCUUGGUUUACCUCAUCAUCUCAGUGCAACAAGUCCCUCACGCAAUGUUCAAUCUUUCAGUGGUUUACAUGAUGUAUCAGCCUGAUCAUUGGUGCAAGGUACACUUUACAUCAGUUCCGUUUCUUGAUUUUCUAUUCAGAUUCCAUUUUUCAAUGAGGAGUCGUUCUCUAUCGAAUCGGGAUACACAAACUACACGUGGGAUCAGGUGAUGAAUUCGACCAUCGCGUUUCCGAGAACGUUCAACAAACAACGGAACGAGCUGCAUCAUGACCAGUGUAACUAUUUCGACCGCGACUACGUACAUAUCAAAUUGUCGCCGUGGACUGCGGUCAAAGAUAUGAACGCUACGAGUAAAACAAAGCGUUGUAAAGAGUGGGAGUAUGAUAAAUCGGUACGAGUCGACUCGGAAAUGCGUCGUGUAGUGCAUGUUUUUUUCAAAUUUCAGGUGAUGGAUAGAACUGUGGUAACUGAAUGGAAUCGGGUGUGUGACAACAACUGGAGCCGAGCUCAUGUGCACAUGAGUUACUCUCUGGGUUAUUUAUUGGGUUGCUUCGUCGGCGGGUUUGUUAGUGAUAGGUAAAGGAACCAACCGGACAGGAGAUCUCUGAAAUAGGUUGUUUCAGAUAUGGUCGCAAGACCGCAAUCACCUUAUUCGGCGUCCUCACAAUGUGUUUCGGAUUCUUGCUUACCUACUCAAAGGAGUUCGAAAUCUUUCUUGUUGUUCGAUUCCUGCUUGCCGCUACAAACGAAGCAGCGGAUCUGGCCGCUUACGUUCUUUGCAUGGAAAUCACGGGUACCAAGUACCGUUCGAUUGUCGGCUCGCUCAUCCAAGCUCCAUGGGCGUGUGGCUACGCAUUUCUGGCACUUAUCGCGUACCUCACCAAGUCUUGGACAAUGAUUCAUGUAAUUUUACCCAUAUCAGUUCGAUCACUAAUUAUUUUUUCAGUUGACGUGCGUCAUUCUCCACAUAAUCAGUCUUAUGCUUUUGUAUUUCUUACCGGAAUCACCGAGGUGGUUAAUAUUGAACAAUCGAACAAAACACGCGGAGAAGAUAAUCAGAAAAGCAUGCCAUUACAACAAGAGCCGUCUGCCGAGUGACUUGGGACUUGUUCGACAUGCAGAAAAGAAAAAAUGGAUGCGGCAUAACGAGAAGCCGUCGUAUUUCCAUUUGUUCCGUUCAUCCGAAUUACGAUUCAGAAACGUGGUCUUGUUUAUUGUCUGGGUAAGAUUAAAUUGCACUUUGCAGGUCGCCAGAAUGAUAACAUUAUUACAGAUUGCGACUGCGUUGGUCUACUAUGGAAUGGUCAUUGCACUUUCAGACCAAUCUUCGCCCGGAAGGUCAGUCUUCUGUCUGAUCCAUUUGGAAGAAAACAAUAAUCUUCGCGUUUUUCAGACGAGUUUUCGAUGGUAACUUCUUCCUCAACAAUGCAAUGGCGGGUGCGAUUGAGCUCCCGACCCUUGUUUUCUGUGUGUUUUUGCUGAGAAUGGGAAGAAAAAAGUAUGUUCAUGUACAUAUUAAUUUAAAAACUCUAGUAUUUAGAUCUCAAAUGCUAACGCUGUUUGGAGCUGGAAUUCUGUUGCUGACUUCCGUGAUCAUGAUUCACCGAAAACAAUCAACGGUAGGCGCAUUCAAUGGCAUUAAAAAGUACAAUGCAAAAAUUUUCAGUUUGCCCUCGUCUUCAUGUUGUUGAGUAAAGCUUGCAUCCAAGGAUCCUUCAACAUUCUCUACAUUUUCACAUCGGAACUCAACCCAACGGUUGUGAGAAACAGUGCAGUUGGAAUAUCAUCCAUGAUUGCGAGAAUGGGUGCAGGAGCAUCUGGAUACAUUGCAAUUCUUUCGGACGUCACCAUGCCCCUCGUACCGAUGACUAUUUUUGCCUGUUUCUCACUGUUCGCCGGCUGUCUAGUGCUAUUGCUUCCGGAAACUCAAGGAUUACCACUUCCCGAUACAAUUCUGGUACGUCAUUACAUCCAAUGAUUGCAUUGAUGAGUAAUUAGAUGUGGUCAUUGUCAUUGACACCAGACGAGCAAACAUGAUUUCAGGACUCGGUGCAAAUGGUCAAGAAGAACAGAAAACCGUGUGGAACGCUGCCUGGACAGUUUGUAGCUGCAAAAGACGGCGAAACGGAGCCGUACGGAGGAAAACUCAAACGCCCACCAUCUGAAGAAGACGAAGAAGAAGAGGAAGACGAAGAGUCUCAGAAUACAAUUCCAAAGAAAUCCGCGUAA